GUCCCCUCUCUCCAACCAGUUGGCUGUACAUGGAGACCCCUAGUUGGGCAGAAACCAAGCCAGGAAGUGGUCUGUGCAAACCAGGAACCAUUACUCUGUUUGGUAACGUGGUGUACAGUGGGCUGCUUAACGAGCACUUCUGGCACUUUGGGGUUCCCCUCGUCACCAGACUGGGUAACCAAGAGGCCCCAGCUCCCCCUGAAGCCAUGGCCCAACCCUUCCCACCGGCCCAGUACGCCCCUCCACCACAGAAUGGGAUCCCAGCUGAGUACGCCACACCACACACCCACCCACCUGCAGACUACACAGGACCAAGCACGGUGGCUGAGCACGCCCUGUCAUUGUACACGCCAACACAUACACAGAGCGAACAGCCAGGAAACGACAGCAACACCCCCGUCCUCACAGCCAACACAGUAACGCAGCCAGAGGACGUUGCACAGACGGAGGGAUCCCAGCAGCUCCACCUGCAGUCCAGUGAUUCAUCAGAGAAGCAGCAGCCCAAGAGGUUACAUGUCUCCAACAUUCCUUUCCGUUUCCGAGACCCUGACCUCCGGCAAAUGUUCGGGCAAUUUGGCAAGAUUUUAGACGUGGAGAUUAUUUUUAACGAACGAGGCUCCAAGGGCUUUGGGUUUGUAACAUUUGAAACAAGUGCAGAUGCUGACCGUGCACGGGAGAAACUAAAUGGUACAAUCGUAGAGGGACGCAAAAUAGAGGUAAACAAUGCCACAGCCAGAGUAAUGACCAACAAAAAGGUGGCAAACCCAUAUACAAAUGGCUGGAAGCUGAAUCCAGUGGUUGGAGCAGUAUAUGGCCCUGAAUUUUAUGCAGUGACAGGGUUUCCAUACCCCAGCACAGGAGCCGCCGUGGCCUAUAGAGGGGCCCAUUUGAGAGGGAGGGGUCGGGCCGUCUACAACACAUUCCGUGCUGCACCUCCUCCUCCACCCAUCCCUGCCUAUGGAGCUGUGGUCUAUCAGGAUGGCUUUUAUGGAGCAGAAAUAUAUGGAGGGUAUGCAGCUUACAGAUAUGCCCAGCCAGCUGGUACUGCUGCAGCUGCAUUCAGUGACAGUUAUGGCAGAGUCUAUGCAACAGCAGACCCAUAUCACCAUACGAUUGGUCCUGCAGCCACAUACAGUGUGGGCACUAUGUAAAUAAAAGACAGACAAGAGGAUGAGUACAGAUGGACAUCAUCUAAAAAAAAAGAAGAACAACACGGACAAGAAGGAUAAUUAAAAAAGAUCAACUAAAACAUUAAGACCCGAUUUGUAAAGGAGCUCUUCUAUCAAGAACGAAAGGGAUCUGAAAUGAUGGACGGGGGAUGUUUGAGGGUCUGCUCCAGGGCUCGGGAACCAAUAAGCCUGUAAUCGGGGGGGAAAGGAGCCAGUUGGUUCUGACCCCAGAAAAACAAGCCUUGCUGAGUGGAAGAGACCAAUUAGAGAAGUCACCAUAAAACAUUUUAUUUUUGUAAACUUUUUUAAGUUUAUGAUUUCCAAA